AUGCAUCUGUCGUAUGAAUCAAAUAUCUUGAAAACACUGUCUCACCAAAAUGGAAUUUCCUGCCUUAGAGACUUAAAAUGCGGAUGCGGUAGGAAAAAUCAUGGGGUUGUGAUCAAGCUUGGUCUUGACGGUCUCAUUUAUGUAGUUAAUGUUCUUUUGUCCAUGUAUGUAGGUGCGACCUUUUCUGGGGAUGUAAUUCGUGUUUUUGAUGACAUUGAUGAGCCUAAUGAGCAUCCUGAUCGGACUACAUUAGCAGUUAUUCUUAGUUCAUAUGCUGAAUUGGGACUCCUUGAGACUAGAAAACAGGUCCAUGAAGCCUCUCAGAAGUUCAGGUUUGACAAGGAUGAGUAUGUUUCCAGUGGUCUUGUUAAUAUGUAUUCAAAAUGUGGAAAAAUGGAGUCUUCAAAGAAUAUAUUCAGUAAACUGUCUGAAGUAGAUGUUUGUUGGAACUCAAUGAUAGCAGGUUUCUCAAUAAAUUAUCUGGACAAAACGAAGCUUUCUCUUUCUUCAAGCAGAUGCGCCAAUGCAGCUUCUAUCCUUCAGAGUUUUCCUUUGCUACCAUUUACUCUUAUAGAAAUGUAUUGUAAAUGUGGGAAUGUGGAUCAAGCCAGAUACUUUUUCGAUAUGAUGCCAGGUAAAAACACGGUUACCUGGAACGAAAUGAUACACAGUUAUGCAGAGAAUGGAUAUCGUGAUGAAGCUGUUUCCCACUACAAGGACAUGAUCACAUCUGGUGAAAAAUCAGAUGAUAUUACUUUUGUUGCUGUCUUAACUGGUUGUAGCCACUCUGCAUUGAUUGAUGAAGGAGUUUAG